AUGCGACCUAUCGAUGUUACCCCAGCAAUCGCCGAGAAGCUCUUAACCACGGUGUACAGCAAUGUCAAGAUUGCAGGGCCAGCACGAUUCAAAGUUGGUGAUCCGGUACGUGUGAGCAAAUUUAAAACAGUAUUCGAUCAAGGAUAUACGCCAAAUUGGACGACCGAAGUAUUUAAAAUCAAUAAAAUACAAGCAACUUUUCCCGAGACGUAUCUGCUUGAAGAUUCACGUNGACAAUCUGUUGCUGGAGGAUUCUACGAACACGAACUGCAUCGCGUUGCAAAUCCAGAAGUUUAUCUNGGUGAAAAAGUAUUGCACAAAAAAAGCAACAAGGUUUAUGUGAAGUGGCUGGAAUUAGACAAAUUACACAAUUCUUGGAUAAAUAAAACUAAUGUAUUGUAA